UUCCUCGGCCUAUGGCAGCCUAUCUCCCGGCUGGCUGCUCCCUGAGAAGGGAGGAGCUAUCUAGGGGACAACGUAACAUUUCCGCAUGCCAAUAAAAAUACGUUUCUGAAAACAAUAGGCAGAGGAAGAAGUAGAUAGUUCAUGUGAAUAUGUGCGUGUAUGCUCAACUGCUUUCAGUUUUACUAGUGUCCAAAGUUAGCUUGUAGUUUCGGUCACAUGCCUGUCCUGAAGAAACAGACGGCAGGUGUCGUCCGCCGCCUCUUCUUCUUCUUCUCAAGAAAACAAACUCACUCCGGAGUAUUUUAGAAGGCGGAAUUUAGAACUGAAAGCCGUGGAGCAGACAAAAGUCUAAACAUGCUGAAAUUAAAACCAAAAUUUGACCUGCACGGAGAUGUGGUGUGUGACAUCCUCAGGAAGGAGGCGUCGGUCUGCAGGGUGAAAGAAUACUCUGAAGCAGUGGACACUUGUAUCCUCAACAUUGAAAGAGAUGGGGGCAUCCUUUACUCCUGGAAGGGGGCAACAGGGACCACCAGAAUUGGGAAAUAUGACUCCAACACCAAACAGAACAAGCUCCUGUACACAUUCGACAAGCAGGUGUGUGUCAGCAGCUGUUCCUUGAACAAGGAAGAGACGCUGUUAGCUGUCAGCUUGGCCCAAAACACCAAAGGAAAUGAGCACCUCAAACCAAUAUCCAAGUGUCUAACUCUCCUGAUUGAGAUCCAUCCAAUCAACAACACUAAAGUCCUCAAGGCAGUGGACUGCAGGGUCAAAGUGCAGUUCCUCCAUUCAGAAACUGACAGGAGAUCAGUGCUGGAGAGCCACCUGCUGCUGCUGACUGAGGACGGAUAUGCGGAUCUCUACCAUGUUCUGCUUACAAGGCACGAGGGUUAUCGAGUGGUGAUGGCGAAUCCUGAACGUUUGUCCAAAACAGUGGAGAGAAUAGUGGAGGACUUCUGCUGGGUCCAGUGGGAUGGACACACACAAAGAGUCUACUAUCUCACUCAUAACGUGACGCACACACAGGACAAGUUCCUGAUGCGAUGUGUUCAGUUUUACCCCAACCAUAACUGCGAAACUGUGUUGGAACUCCCAUUAGAGUUGCCUGCUAAUCUUUUCCACACAGUCAAAUUCGUAAAUCUGGGUUUUGACCAUUAUCACAUGGUGAGACCAGAGCAGGAGCUUGUUAGGUUUGAAGUGUUCACAGACAAAAUAGGAAGCAUGUGUGUGUGCUACAGCCAACCUCUUGAAGAUAAACAGGAGCUGAUCUACACUGUGGUUUUAGUCCAUAAAGACUGCAGAAAGACGUUCAGAGUAUCUCUCGGCAGUCACCAGUCGCCACAGAAAGCCGCAUCCCUCCAUCCGCUCUUCAUUCCUAUAGGUUACCAUAUCCUGGUGUAUCUUCAGGACUAUUUCCUCCAUUGUAUCAACACCAGACAGCAGGAGAUGCUCUGUCACUCCCUCUUUCUCUCAGGUGUUGACGUGGAUUUGGGCCUGCAGUGUCAGUCAGCUAACAUCACAGUGCUGCAUGCAGAGGAAGAGUCCAGUCUUAGUCUGUUGGACCUGGCCAGCGGGAGGAUCCACACGGCUGAGAUUAACCCUGCCUUCCUGCUGCAGUUACUGCGAUCAGACACUCCUAGAUGUCCCAGCAGUAAGGCUGACCCUCAGCGCCUGGCUGCCCUUCACUGGCUCCUGGUUUACAUGGGAAACGACCCAAAUCUGGAGCUGAAGAUCAUUGAAUGGCUCUGUGACAACGUGUAUGCCUUUGAGUCCUUUGAUCAGAUGCAGGAGUUCAUCCUAGCCUCUUUGUACAGAAUAAGCUAUGAGAAGUCUCUCAGCCUGGAUAAAGUCAUGCCUUACUCCUCUGUACUUGACAAGAAGGAGAUACUAGCGUUUCUGUUGGAGGUCCCGGGUGUGUUGUGUAAUACUGAGCUGCAUAUUAAACCUGUGUUCACAGGCAAGGCCAAAAGUCUCCAGGGUUUCUGGGCAGAGCUGCAGUGGAACACAGAGAGGACAAAAUAUCUGGACGCUGUUCCCAACCCCAGAUACAGGACCUCACACAUACAAGCCGACUGGGAUAAACUGAGUUCCGAGAGAAGACAAUCCAGCCACAUGAAUCACAUAGAGGAGAACACAAAGAAAGUUCUAUCAAUGGUGGACACCUGGUGUCUUGAUAAGAAGCUGGUGCCACUUUUCCAGGAGGAGGACCAUCAACAGAGGGCGCUCAUAGGCCUGACGGUUGACAAACUCCGAGAGCAUCUCAACAGACACCUGCCUCGACUGGGGAAGAAGAAGAUUGACUCGCUGGUUGUCAACUAUGUAGCCAAACUGCUGGAGCUCAUCAGACACAUGCUGGAAUCAGUCUGGCUGAAGUACAAACUUGGCCCUCGUGUUUUGUGCCUCAUGCAUGUAGACUCUUUGGUGUUGUGUUCCUUUUUUUAUUCCUUUGUCGUUUUCAGGAACAUCAAAGCUAAUGUCUAUUCUUCUUUCUCUUCAUCUGCCCCACUGUUCUCUCUGUGUCUCUCUCCAGGCUAUCACACUCUGUUAGCAGUGUUUGCUGUGCGUUGCCUCCCCCAUCAUACCUUCCUACAGUACAUUGACCACGGCUUCCUGGAGCUAACGGAGACCUUUGUGUCUCGGCUCAUGACAGAUUUGGACAACAGUGAUGCCAACGAGAGACUGAAGUUCAGCAUACUUAAGAGACUCCCUGAGCCAAUGGAGCAGAGGAUCUACCAUAUGUGGGACCAUCCUAUCAGUUCAGCUUCCAUCUCCAGAGAUUAUACCAGGACUCUGCUAGAGAAGCACAACAAAAACAAGGGAUUAGUAUUCAGUGGGAGAGAUAAGCCAGGCUUCAGACCUGAAUUUCUGCCUCUUACAUACCUGGCAAAAAUCCUCUCUGAUAUUGAGGAACAAGCGCUGAACCCUUUCGAGGAGCAGGAGAACGUGGAUGCCAGGUUCGUGGAGGAGACAGCUCUGAAACAGACACUAAUACUGCUGGGCUUUGAGAAAAAAUGAAGCAUGUGGAGGGGGGCGGAGAGGGACUGGAAGGAUGAACGGAUUGAGGGGGGAAAAUGUGUUUGAGAGAACAGUAAUCAUUGACUGGGCCUUGAGGAUAAGUAGCAGAUGAAUGGAUGAUGGAGGGCGAGAAGUGAAAGAUGAGUGGGGAGAUUGAAAGGCAGCACGCUCAUAAACAAGCUCUCACUGUUUGAUGACAGAUUAGGGUUGGGCAGAAGGAAAGAUGGAUGGAGACACCCAGAAAGGAAAGAUGGAGGGGCAGAAUGGAUUUUAUUAUUAAAAUAUUAAAUACGAAAGUGUGCGAUGGACAAUUUGAACCAAAACUUAAAACACACA